AUGCACGCGUUUGAAUCGAGCCCGUUUUCACCUUUCCCUGAGUAUCAUCAUUCAGAUGAUCUCGAACACUCGCGUCUCAUGGCGUUGCUCUCUGGUGAUUCUGUCCCUCCAUCCACUCGCUCUCUUGCUGGCCCUUCCCCUACCCAUCCUUACCUGGUCAGCUCCCCCACCCCAGCUCACGGAGUGCAUAUUGGAAACACUGUGAGCCCCUUCUCGUCGAUUUAUUCGACCGUUCCACAGGGCCACUUUCAAUCUGGUCCUUCUCCCUCGGUGCAGCACGUGUCUGAGCAACAUCAGCACUUGAUGCGUGUUGCUUCCCCUACUGCCCAUGUUACUCCUUUCUCGAUGGGGUCAUCGCAGUCUCCCCUUCCCUCUGGAGAUGGAAUGAGUCCCGCGGUCACGGCGUCAGCGGCGGAUAGUGGCUCCCCCCAGAUGAGCCCCAGUGGUGCCAGUGAUCAGGGCCCCAGUGGAGAUCUCCCAUACUCUCGGCUCAUUUGGGAGGCCCUCAUUUCGGCUGAGGACCAGAUGCUCCCCCUGCAGGGCAUCUAUGAAUGGUUCAAGCUGAACACCACCAAGGCCCAAGAUGGCACCUCGAGAGGUUGGAAGAACAGCAUCCGACACAACCUCUCCAUGAAUGCUGGGUUUGAGGCCAUCAAGGUUGAGGGUCCAGGAAAGCGAACCAUGAGCUACUGGCGGCUCACCAAGGAGGCUAUCCGGAACGGCGGUGUCCAGUCCACAACCAGAUACCGCAAGGCCGGCGGCAAGAAAGGCAUCGCCUCCAGCCCAUCUGACCCGGCCCGUCUACCCCCAGCAUCGCGGGGCGGGAAAAAGCGUGCAGCCACCAAGCGCCCCACGGUGAAUGAUGAACAGUCCAAGGACCGUGUUCGCCGCAGUCGUCCCCCCGCUGCGCAGCAGAUCCGGGAGUCACCCCCUCAGGCUGGACUCGGCCGUCUGCCGACCCCAUCUCACCCUCAGAUGCAGACACCACCUCACCCGCAGACCCAGCCACACUACCCGACUUCGCUGCCCCAAGCCAGUUUGAUCCCUCUUCAACACCACGGCUUGGGUCCCCUCAUGGCUUCACCUUUCAUGGAGCUACCAUGCCGCCAGUAUCAACCUAUGCCAAGUCAACAGCCCGUGGGAUUCCCUGGAACCUUACGACAGUUUGAUCUUGGCACUGUGAUCGGCGCCACUGGUCUCCCCAACGGAGAGAACAUGGUGUUCUGCGACUCCGCCGAGGUCGCCCCAGAUUACGCUGCUUUUGUGGGGCCCUGGACAGGCAUUCACCAGGUUCAGGGUCCUCUCAUGAUGGACUAA